AGGUGUGGCGCUUUUAUCGCCACAUAAUCGUUUCCAAUCAAAACCACGUGUCUGUGUUUUUCUAAUGGUAUCGUUCGUCUCGUCUAUCAGAAGACCUUGGUUUAAGUAUAUUGCGAAACUUAUAGAUAAUACGGGUCGACGUUGCACGCGGAGAAAGGUCGAUCUCUUUCUUAAUCGUAUCGUUAACGUAAGCUUAACGCAAUCCUUUCGUAGUAAUAGUAUUCAAGUUUACGAUUUAAUAGAAGUAGAAUACGAAGAAGUAAUGGGUUCCGUCGAUAAUGCCAAGAUUUUAUCCGGAAGACAAGUCUCAAAAGAAAUACAAGAGAAUCUUGCUGAAGAAGUAAAAAGCAUCAAAGCAAAAUAUCCAGACUUUAACCCAACGCUUGCCAUUGUUCAGGUAGGUGGAAGAGAAGAUUCCAAUGUUUACAUUCGUAUGAAAACGAAGGCAGCGGCCCAAGUUGGUGUAGAUGCACAGCACAUAAAAUUUCCUAGGACCAUUACAGAAGAUGAUUUAAUCAAAGAAUUGAAUAAAUUAAAUAAUGAUCCAGCAAUUCAUGGGAUUAUUGUUCAGCUUCCAUUAGAUUGUGAUAAACCAAUUGAUGCAAAUCUAAUUACUAAUACCAUUGAUCCUGAUAAAGAUGUAGAUGGCAUUCAUGAUGUUAAUGCAGGAAAACUAGCACAUGGACAACUGGAAGGUUUCUUCGUAGCUUGUACUCCUUAUGGAUGUCUUGAACUUAUUAAAAAAUCAGGUGUGGAAAUUAAAGGAAGUCGUGCUGUUGUCUUAGGAAGGAGCAAAAUUGUUGGAAUGCCUAUGGCACAACUUCUAAUUUGGAAUCAUGCUACUGUUACUAUUUGUCAUUCACGCACUAAAGACUUACCUUCUGUGGUAAGGGAGGCAGAUAUCCUUGUUGUUGCUAUUGGAAGAGCACAAAUGGUGAAAGGUGACUGGAUUAAGCCAGGAGCAGUUGUCAUUGACUGCGGCAUAAAUUCAAUACCAGAUGCAACCAAGGCAUCUGGCUCCAGAUUGGUGGGAGAUGUUGAUUUUGAAGAAGCAAAAUCCAUAGCAUCCUACAUUACACCAGUACCAGGUGGAGUUGGUCCUAUGACAGUUGCAAUGUUAAUCAAAAAUACUGUAGAAGCUGGAAAGAAAGCUUUAGAAAAGAAAUUGGGAACCAAAUUAUAAAAAAGACAAAGAAUUGAUUGAUAAUUUCCAGUACAAAUUAUGCCAUAUUCAUUCCAAAAAAGAUUAGUUUUGUAUCAUCAUCUCUGAAAUAAAAGAAUAUUUUUUUAAGUGCCAA